UAGAAUAUUCACCUUACAGCUGAGCACCAAUGGAUCUAGAACGAACUGAUGCAUUUCUCCCAGUCAUCAAUUUAGCUGAAGAUGUUGAAAAGAUAGCUUUAAUGAAAGCAGCUUUGCGAGCUAUGACAGAAGAACAUGAACGAUCAUUAAUGUCAAUUCAGGGAGGAUUAAAAGCAGCCAAUAGAAAAUUAGAGUUCUGUACACAAGAAUGUAAUGCAGUGCAUUUACAACUUAAUGCAGUUGAAACAAAAAUUGCAGAAGCUGUGAUGGUAAAUCAAGAGAGUGAAGCUGAAGCAUUAAAAACACUUAAAGAAAACAGAUUGAUUAAAAGAAAAAUAAUUGCGUUGAAGAGUGAUAUUGAACAACAAGAAAAAAUACUGAACAGAGCAAAUGAAACUAUAAUAGCAGUGAAUAGGCGCAAUAAAAAAAUUAAAGUACUGCCAGAAGUUCCAGCUUAAUGUUUAAAAGAUUUGUUAUUAUUUAUGUUUAUAUGUGUGUAUAAUGUAUUGUUUUUAAUAAAUACGGUUAAAAACUUU